AUGGCAUUGGAUCUAUUUUUAAAUUUUACUUUCACAUCGUGGCAUUUGCGAGAAUUAAAUUAUAUAAUAUCUGGAGCCCACUUUAAUCACGAUAUACAGACUUUGGUUUAUUUCGGCAGCCCGUUCGAUGUGGAAACUUAUAUUCGUGCCGCAGAAAUAUGGACUACGCCGAAAAUUGUGAUUACCGAGCACACCGGCGAAGUGCAUUUGAAGAACGAUGCUGGUGUUAAUAACAAUCUCUUCUUCGUGGCCAUUGGAAAUUUACGUCGUCGAUCAUUUUGGAAUCACAUGAACAAUGCCCUGUCGGAAAUGCAAAGCCGAGUGCGUGGAGUAUUUAUCACAACUCCGCCGAAUGGUAAGCGCUCUCAAUUAAAUAUUGGCGAACAUUUUGAAUGGUGUUGGCAACGAGGUCUAAUAAACACACUCAUCCUUGUUGAUCACGAGUUACCGACAGAACAACGAUUUCAGAUAUUCAAUUAUAAUCCAUUCCUGGAACGGCACAUUUUUGAUAGUACCAAUUCAACAACCAUCAACCUCUUUCCCGAUAAAUUUCGCAAUCUUCAUGGUUAUCAAAUCAAAGCAACGGCCCAAUAUGAUCCGCCAAGGGUUUUCGAAAGGAUCGAAUGCAAGGGAAGGAAGCGGCAACCGCUUUCGGGAUAUGUGGCCAACAUCUUCCGAGCUUUUCUCAAAGAAUACAAUGCCAGUUUGUAUUUGCGAUAUUACGUUCCCAACAAAACGUUAGACAUAGUGGAAAUCCUGCAACAAAUCAACCAGGGCGAUGUUGAGUUGUCUGUUAACCCAUAUGUGCCGCACAAAGGUAUUCAACUCAGUUACCCAAUUCGUAUGCUGCGCCGAUGUAUUGUUGUGCCAUCAGCAAAGGAGUUGGAGAAAUACAAAUACUUCAUUAUGCCCUUUGAUAUGGAUGUCUGGCUGUGUUUCUUGGGAUCCUGGGUGUGGUUGAGCUUAACACGUCUCCUGAAUUGGACUAGCACACAUAGACGUUGUCACUGCAAUCACCUCGAUGUGGGCCGGACAUUUUUAGAAGUAUUUCGAAUACUGACAUUUCUUCCCGUUCCUGGCAAUUGCUGCAGCAAAAGUGUUCGCUGGUACCACCUCUCGUGGUUUGUGCAAGUUAUUCCCUUGGCAUUCAUUCUCUCGAAUUUAUAUCUGGCUUCAUUGACCAGCUUCUUUUCUGGUUUGACAUUUCGCUCACAAAUUUCCACAUUAGACGAGUUGGUGAAAAGAAACUUGGCCAUUGACACCAUCGACUAUGACAUACCAAGUAUUUUGGAAAAUCGCGGUCUACCCAAAGGAUUCACCGAUAUAUUGAAACCUCGGUCAGCCACAGAUUUGCUGCCCGAAAUAUUGGAACUGAAGCCAUCGCUGACGUUUUCGGCUUUGAUCGAUCGCAUUCAAUUCGUAUUGAAUCAAGAAAAACAUCUGUUGAAACCGACUAAACACGUGGUGGAAGAGUGCAUCAAUACCGUUCCAUUUGGAUUUGUUAUGCCGCCACAUUCUCAAUUUGAACUGCCUUUGAAUCGCUUCCUAAUGCGAUGUGCAGCCGCUGGUUUAAUUGAAAAAUGGGCAAGGGAUUCAAUUGACGAUGGAUAUUGUACGGGUAUGCUCACGCUCAGCAAGUCCGACUUCCAGGUAGCUCGGCCAUUGUUGUUGGAACAUUUUCAAUUUGGAUGGUAUGUGCUGGGUGGUGGCUACACCUUGUCGCUUUUGGCAUUCGUCUUGGAAAAUUGUAAACGCAUCCUAAGGCGAUUUAGAAUAUUUAUUAUAUAUUAUUAA